AAGGUAUAAUUAAACUAUAUUGAGUAAGCAGUUUAAUUUAGUAAAAUGUUAUCAUCAAAACUAAUUUCAGCAUUUUUUUCUGUCUAUAUAGCUCGAUUACCGAGCCAGUUAUGAUUUAAAUAAUUAUUUUGUGCGACUGGGAAAAUACGGGCAAUUAAUUAAUUUUGACCGUGUACAAGAGUGCUGAAAUUGGUGGAAGUUUAGGGCAUUUCGUAUUUGGUUGCAGUUAGUAUAUGAAAUCUAAGUUCUAUUCUGAAAUCUAACUCAUAGUAUACAUAUUUUAUUAUUAUUAAAUACUUAUAUUAAAAUGAAAUAAUCACUGGUAUUAUUAAUAUUACCGUCAAAGUCGGUACAUUUAACAGUGGCGAGUAAUUUUCAAAAAUUAGUAAAUUAGUGCGAUACUUGUAGAAUUUAAUUAAGUAACCACAUUUCCGAACAAACGAUGCUCUUUCAAUAUAGUCUAUGGCUGUGAAUGACGAUGACAUUCGUUACGCGCGUUUUUUAAAAUAUGCUAAAUUAAAUGUAUUUUUUCAAUCUUUUUAAGACAUUUUCUUAAUAUUGUAAGAACCUUCUACAGAGUAUUAGAAAACUAUAAAAAAAACUGCCAAAUCGGUCUAGCCGUUCUCAAGUUAUGGCGUGACAACGGGAAAAGGGUUUCAUUUUUAUAUAUAUAGAUUUGCAAUCCAGCUUGGAUAAACAUUUUCUCCGACUCUGUAAAAUGUAAAUUUUAUGAAAAUUGUUGGUAAGUCUAGUUAAGGCAUAAACCAUCGAUAGUCAAAAUAAACUAUCGAUUGUCAUAUACAUAUAUAGUACAUUAUUUUGCAGCUCUAUCAAAUAUUGUUUUUGCACGGUUUUGAUUUAACACGGUUGGAAAUAAAAACAUUUUGAAUUUUAUUCCAUUUCGCACGAUUCAAAAUUUUUUGGGCUUAAAUUUUAUUUGGCAGAUUUAAUUUCGGCGAAAUAUAAUAUGUUCAUAUCACAAAUUUAGAGGAAUUCCCAUUUUUUGUAUACAAGCAAAUUUGAAAUGUGUUAAUAUUUUGUGAACUAUCAACGCAUCAGAAGUGAUUGUUAAAGACAUUUUUUAUAGACAAAUUUGCUUUGAGUGCAUAUCUCUUUUGCUUUAAUAACUAUGCUUGUGUAAAUAUACAUUAUAUAUGUGAUUUUAUGUAAUAAAUAUAAAUUGUUUAUAAAAAGUCCUCAUUUUCACCACUUCUAUUGAGCUUUAAGAAUUAGAAACCAAUCACAUAUUUUUGUACGUGUAAGAACAGAAUGCCAACAUUCCCAACCACACAGUGCAAUAUAACUGUACAGUGAAAUUAUCAUUUUCGAAUAAAGAAAACGUUAUAGCUGGUGUAAAGAUCCACGGUACUGAGAUUUGAACUGGAGGUCAAAAUUUUAAAAUGAUUGGUACAAAUUUGCGCACAGUUUAUAUUUUAUUAAUAUGGUUUGUGAGAUACGUAUGACUGUAAGAUUAAGUGUUGGAGAGAAAUGUUGUCAAGGGCUCAAUUCAAACAUGCCAAUUGACAUAACGUACUCAAAGGAUCAAACUUAACCGGAUAUCACGCAGUAGCAAAUUCGUAAACUUAGUUGAUUUAAAAUACCGUAAUAUACGGCGAUUUACAGAAUUUUUGGAUCUAUUUUUCAUUUCUAUAUCGAUUUCUAAGUAGGUGGUGUAAAAAAAUAUAUUAACAUUUUUAAAUGCUACUAGUAAGUAGACUAAAUAAUAUUAAAUUGCCGCGUAUGUGAACAAGGAUACAGGCACAGAUGGCUGAAAAUAAAAUAAAGUUUCGAUCAUAAAAGGCGGAUUGAAAGGAUAACGAGCGAAAUUAUUCACUGUAUACUAAAGGUUAAUAAAUGAAAUGGAGGGAAAGGCGAACUCGAAGAAGUGUCAGUGAAUGUGUUUGUGGAUGACAACUGGAAUGUACAGACAACCGAUGACAUUUUGAGCAGAGAUAAAGAGAUGCCCAAAUCAUCUAUCACUGGAAAUGAGAGCGCAAUUGCUAAACGUCAAAACCUCCUGAACUCAGGCAACUGUCAAAAUUCAGGAGGUCUGAGGUUUAGCAAUUGGAAAAGGAGGGACGGCCAGAUUGAAAUCCUACAGAAAAAUAUGUGAACAGAGAAGUUUGUUACUGCUGUUGAAAAUCACAAACAAAAAUUGGAAAACAAUAAAAAUGAAAGAAAACGAAAAAUUGAAAUGUAUGUGAUGAAAUCUUUUGUGAUGCCAUGCUCCGUAGUAUUAAUUGUCAAUUGAAAAUGAUAAAAAACAUUUACUAAAUAAGAGUUAAUAUAUUUUUUCUCUCUUUAAGUAUUGAAAGUUCAAAAAUCAGUUGUUUUAAUAUAUCACAAAAUCACAAAAACGAAUUUAAAUAGUUCUCCCAUAUGUUUAACGGAUACUUGUAUAAUAAUAUUUAAUCUUAAUAAAUGUUGGGUAUUAUAAUUUAAAUGCCCAAAAAUUAUUAUUUUGUCCGAUCUGGCUACAGUCGAAAAUGUUAUAAAAAACGCCAGUUUUGAGGCGCUCUCACACUGGAAAGAGUUGGGCAUUCCAUUAUCCCUGAUUUUGAGCAGAGCAUCAACAACUAGUGACGAAUUAUUUUAAUUUGAGUUGAGAAGAGUCACGUCGAGCAGGGCAGAACGAAAGGACAGCGAGGGCCUGUUCAUUACUUUCAAAAAAAAAGUAUAAUAAAGUAUUGUAACUUAGUAGACGCGGUAUAAUCAUGUCAUGGGAGAGCAUAUCUUCAAAGGAUCUUCUCAGUAUACCGCAUAGCCAUAAUUUAUCAGCAACACAUUUGCUUGCAUCGCCGGAUGGUUCGCGUUACUUAUUGGAAAACUUCAAUGAUCUGAGUCAAUUAGAUGAAAGCUAUUCAAGACUGGCUGGUUGUGGGUCCAGCCCUGAUGGCACAUCGCUUUGGGCGCGGCAUGGAAUAUCUGCCUCUCAUAAUUCAAUUAUUAAUUGUUUUUUGGUUUGUCAACGCAGUUUAAAACAGUAUAUGGCACGACGAAAGAUUGAACGAGGUUUGCGUCUUUAUGAACAACAUGAUCAAAAUGCUGCGGUACGCAUUUGGCGAAGCGCUUUGAAAGCGACUGAUCGCCGUGAAGAUUGUUUUCAAUUACUAGGUUAUCUUUAUCAAGCGCAUAUGGAUUGGGGUAAAUAUCGUGAAGCGAUAGAAUUCGGACAUCGGCAGUUAGGAAUAUCUGAAGAGUUGGAUUCACCUACAAUGCGUGCGGAAACUUAUCUAAAUUUGGCGAGAGCCCACGAGCGUCUAGGCGGUCUGGAACGUGCUCUCAGUUAUGCACGCCAUUCCCUGUAUAACGAAUGUGGGACCCAAUGUCGAACUGGAGGCCUUGUGCAUUUGACAGUGGCACGCGUUUACUUGGAGAUGGGAGGAUUUUCGCGUGCUCUUGAGGGCUUGCAAGGGGCACAUAAGAUAGCCACUUCUAUAGGUGAUCCAUCGCUUGAGUUGCAGGUAUAUGUGACGCUGUCUGAGCUGUUCGGUCGCCUUCAGGAUAAUAAUAAGAGUGCAACCUAUGCAUCUAAGGCAUAUGAUUUAUCGCGCUCUUUACAGCUGGGUGAUCUCAAUUCGUCACACCAUCGCGCUGCAUUGUUGCGGAUGGCGGCUGCUCUCCGCAAACAAGGCGAUCUGGGUGACGCGCAUGACUAUUGUAUGGAAGCCACUCGCCUUGCGUUGAUUUCUGGAGAUCAAGCAACGUAUACCCGCAGCUUACGAGUAAUGGGUGAUAUAUAUCGCAAGAAAGUGGACAUGGAUCGCGCUUUUCGGCAAUAUGAACAAGCUAUGGGAACUUCUGCUGCAUUGGGCGAUCGCAUGGCACAAAUGGAAGCAAUGGAUGGAGCUGCGCGCUGCUUAGAAUCAUUGCGGAUACAGCAAAAAAUUUGUAAUUGCCGGCCACUUGAAUUUAAUACGCGUUUGCUUGAGGUUGCAAGCUCCAUUGGUUCCAAGCUUUUGGUGCGUAGAAUAAGGAGUCGUCUUGCUCUUAUCUAUCGUGCUUUAGGCGAUGAAGAACAGUACAGUACACAUUUGCGAUUAGCGGGUCAAACAGAUGCAGCGCUUGGGCUGUUUUGCGGUGCAUGCGGCGAUACUUUUGGCCUGGAGCCAAACUCAAUAGAGGCAUUACCAUGUGCUCAUAUCCUACAUGCACGCUGCGCUCAUGAUCUUUUGCGACGGCGAGAGAAGGGCGCCUCUCGUGCUUGUCCAGCAUGUAAUAAACUAUUGAGCUCUCGACUUCAUCUUUGUGGUAAUGAAAGCAGUUGUGGUCCUGGUGGAGGCAGUGGACCCACCAACAGCUUAAAUAUCAAUGAUACUGCUGCUGACGGUUUACUGACAAUCGAUACGGGUGAUAUUAUGCCGCCACUUUGCGCAGCGAACGGUAGAGUUGUAUAUAAUUCCAAUGAAAAGACGAUCAUCUGUAACGGCUUGACCAGUGCUGCGCCAAAUGUUGACAGCACCGCUUUGCUAUUGACCACAAAUUCAUCACCAAAACCAUUGUACCGGAGUAAUUUAUCUUUGGCAUCCCUGAGUUUGCGUGCUUCUAGUUUAACUAUUGAUAGCUCCCGAAAUGCCACGUCGUCGGUUUAGAAAAGAUUGCAAGAUUGUUAUGACCAAAAAUGACUAGAAAUAACGAAAUAAUAAAGUACCAACAACCAGACUGUAAAAAAAAUAGCUGAAGAUACCAUAUAUAUAGAUACGUACCCAUACUCAUAUUCAACUAGGUUUGUUGCAUUGAGGUCUGUUAAAAAUUGCAGACAAUGUUAUUUUAAAAAGGGUUCAAUAUUAAAGAGGCUGGAAAUUCGUGGAAAAAGUGAAUAUUCAAAACAAUGUACCUACUUGUAAUCAUAGAAAAAUGAAUGAUGAAAUGAAAGAUUAAAGAAGAAAGUGAGAGAGAGAGUUCUAUUAUUUGUAGUAUAAACCACAUAUUUAUAAGUCCUAUAUAAAAUUAAUUUUUUGUACAAAAACAUACUUAUCCCACAAUACACCUCACUGAAGCAGUCUCUAAGUCCCUAUUUGAGACAUUUUAAAGUAAAAUCGCAAUUUGUGACAAGUUACUAUUUACGAUGCAGUCAGAAAAUACUGUCUAAAAUUUGUCAUCUCAUAGUAAGCAGGUCACAAAACUAAUAAGAAUUCUUGUUUUCCAUUUUGAAUAUACUGACAUUUCACUUAUAUAGAUCAUCAUAGAUAUUAAUCGAUUAUCGAUUUUUUAUGUUUUGUAAGCAACUCAAAUACGUAAAAGUUAAAAUAAAAUCAAUUUCAAAUAAAUUUCGUUACUAUUGUGACUCAAAGUCAACAUUUUUUUUUUAUUGGUAAUUAUGCUUUUUGAGUGCGUUAUAGAAAAUUUAAUAUUUGUUGUUUGUUUCGUUGCUGUUUCUCAAUUUUUAUAUACAGUUUUGCACACAUCUAACUUUUCAGAUAUAAUUUUUCAUAAUAUAAAAGAUCAAAACUAAAAUUCAACUAUAUAGUCUGCCAAUUUAUAAAUUAUUGUAUUCGACCUGUGAUUUUGAGAUGGUUUAAUAUAUUUAAAAUAUAUUCAAGUUUAAUUUUUAAUUAUUACAAAAUAUCGAGACUGGCGCUGUAAGAGAGCUAUCAGCUGACUCGUUUCCACGGGAUAAAUCCAAUUUUCGUGGAUAUCCCACGUUACGGACGGUAGAAGUGGUGGUGAUUGUUCAUUUACAUUACGCUCUCAUAAGAUAGGUUGAAUCAAGUGAAACAGUAUACGCUUUUGAGUCGUUCACUAAUUGAAGCAUUAAAGACACAAGCGAAGAUCGUAAAAUGAGAACUUAAGUAUUAAGCACAUUGAAGACAGCAGGUAACUAGUUUUCAUUUCUUGAGAGAGUCCAUUGACAAAUUAUUGUCAGCCGUUUGAUGUAAAAGGUAGAGUAAUAGACCAAGAAGUUAAAUAAAAUCAUGGAAAAAUUAAUUAUAUAAGUGGUUGUUAGCACCUUUUUAGGUCUGCAUUAAAUAGGCUGGAACUAACAGACGGUAUGUUUAAUUAAAGCAGGGAAUCCCUUAUGGAAUGAAGAAAUAUUAUUACAUAAUAAAAUUAAUGAAUUUCAAUUCUGGUGCCAUUGAACUACUACUUUGUUACAUAUACUAAUAUUUCGUUUGUGAAUAUUUAUUAUUCACACCAUUAUCAAUUAUUUUCAUUAAGUGUUCGGGGUAAUUCUGUAUAUCUGUAUGUACAUAUGUACAAUUUUUUUCUUUAAUUAACUCUUUCUCUCUCGCUUUCUUUUGAAUGUUAUAUUUUGUGUGCUUCCUGUCUGUCUAAGGCAAACUGCUCAAAUAUAUUGUAGUUAGUAAUUACCAUAAUUCUAUGAAUAGUUUUAACGGUUUUAAGCUAAAUAAAUAUUUACUAAUGUUAAGCGAUUAGUACCUUAAAAUAUUGUUAACAGAAUAUUAAGUAAGUUACCUGCUUGUAAAACUUAAGAAACGAAAGAGAUAACUUGAUGGAGUAAUUGAAUGAAAAUAUCAUCAAUCCAAUGUAAUCAAUUUAUGCGCUACAUAUCAAUGAUUUGCUUACACAAAUUUUUGUUUAAUGAUUAUUAUUAUAUUGACAUAGAUAUUGUAUAAAAUUUCCAAUAAUAAAUUCAAAAUAUAAUUUUAAGUUUAAGCCGGAUAGGGCGUGAUCAGAAGCUGUUAAAAUUACACAGUUUCAAACUGGUUGCUCCCAAAUUAUGACGCAAUAUACAACCAGCUCUAAGAAAGACAGUAUUAAAAAAGGGUCGUAACGCCUCUCAUAUCUAUGAAUUGAAA